AUGGCCAAAAUAGAAGAAAUUCCGUCUGAACAAGAACAGCAAUCAAAAGACACGAAAAAAAAUAUCACAUCGACAAAAGAACAAGAACAUGAGAUUACAAACACCAACAACAGAAAUCCCACUGAAUCCACGAAUCCGAAUAAAAUUGAAACAAAUGAAGAAGAACAAGAGCAAAGAAACAACAACGAAAAUGAAACCACACCAAAAUUCACCCCCCAAGAAAUAAAAGAUCUAAUACAAGAAGCAAACACCAUAAAAUCACUCGGCAACGAAUUAUUCGCCAGUAAUCGAUACGAGGAUGCGAUUGAGCAGUAUCAAAAGGCGUUGGACACGUGUCCCGUCGAGUGCAAAGAGGAACGUGCAGUUUUUUGGGGAAAUAUUGGAGCCUGUGAACUUAAACUGGAGAAAUAUAGUCGAGCUGUGGAUGCUUGUAAUAAAGCAUUGGAAGAUUCCCCGAACUACACCAAAGUACGCUUAAGACGCGCACAAAUCAACGAAAAAAUAGGAUCGUAUUCAUCACUAGUUAGUGCACAAGAAGAUUACAAUACAAUACUAACAAUCCACAAAAAAGAAUUUGACCAACUUCCACACCCCACCCAGAAAUCCAUAAAAUUUUCUCUCUCGCAACUCCCCCAAAAAAUCGCACAAGCUCAAGAACGCGAAAAGGAAGAAAUGAUUAGCAAGUUUAAGGAUUUGGGAAAUACGUUGUUGGAGUGGUAG